AUGGACUGCACUGUGGACGGCUGUGUUCCUAAAUUAGAAAACCUAAUAAAAAAAUGUAAAAAGAUCUUAAAAACCGUUCGGUAUCGCUUACCGGAAUUGGAGCAAGCGGCGGAAGAAGAACAAAUUCUAUUUUUACAGUCUCUGGAGUGCGUAUCAGAACAUUUGGAGAUGGAAGAUAAUGAAACAAUUAUUGAUGAUAGGGGUCAGAGUCAAAUUCAGUUUCAGGACUACAAACAAGCGAUGAAUUUGGUAACAAAUCCAUGUAUCAAGUAUCAAAACCUCAUCGACAGCCCGCUGGGAUAG